CACCUCCACCGCAUGGACCCACGAAACAAUACAGGAAUUUCAGUGUUCCAGCUUCUGGGAUUUUCAGAGGGACCAGAACUGCAGCCCCUUAUAUUUGGGCUUUUCCUCCUCAUGUACCUGAUCACUGUGUUUGGAAACUUGCUCAUCAUCCUGGCUGUCAGCUCUGACUCCCACCUCCACACCCCCAUGUACUUCUUCCUCACCAACCUGUCCUUUGUAGACAUCUGUUUCACCUCCACCACCAUCCCCAAGAUGCUGUGGAACAUCCAGACUCAAAGCAAAGUGAUCACUUACAAAGGCUGCCUCAGCCAGAUGUAUUUUUUCAUACUGUUUGCAGGGUUAGAUGUCUUUCUCCUGACUGUGAUGGCUUAUGACCGCUUUGUGGCCAUCUGCCAUCCCCUGCACUACAUGGUCAUCAUGAACCCCCGUCUCUGUGGACUGCUGGUUCUGAUGUCCUGGAUCAUGAGUGUCUUGCAUUCCAUGUUACAAACCUCGAUGGUGUUGCAGCUGUCCUUCUGUACAGAGGUGGAAAUCCCCCACUUUUUCUGCGAACUCAAUCAGAUGAUCCAACAUGCAUGUUCUGCCAACUUUCUCAGUAACAUAGUGCUGUAUUUUGCAGCUAUGUUGCUGGUUGGUGGUCCCUUCAUUGGGAUCCUUUACUCUUACUCUAAGAUAGUUUCUUCCAUACGUGGGAUCUCAUCAGCUCAGGGCAAGUAUAAAGCAUUUUCCACCUGUGCAUCUCACCUCUCAGUUGUCUCCUUAUUUUAUUGUACAAGCCUAGGAGUGUACUUUAGCUCUGCUGCUAUUCAGAGCUCCCACACAAGUGCAGUAGCCUCAGUGAUGUACACAGUGGUCACACCCAUGCUGAACCCCUUCAUCUACAGCCUGAGGAACAAAGACAUAAAGGAGGCUCUGAUUAGGAUCCUGUUGUUACACAGCUAA